AUUUGCUUACAAUUGAUAUGGGUGACAUUACCAGUCAAAAGACUAGACUUCUUCUUUACUCCUGAUGAUACAGCAGCAUAUAUUUGUCAGUACGUUUUUGAUCACUGGCCAGAAGGUAAAACAAUAAUUGUACUACUGCAGUUAAAUGCACUUUUCUAUAUGAGAUUCGUCACACACAUCCCCCGAUUUAAGAAUGGGAUUUGCAUACAUAUAUGUACAUUGCACAAGCUUAUACAUAGAAUUUCAAUGUUCUUGAAAACAUAAGAAAGCUGUUGAUGAAUUGGUUUGGUACAGGAAGCAAUUAAACAUUGCCUCCUGCAACAUGCAUGGACAAUGAACGAUGAUAUACAAUGGUUAAGUAUACGUGCAAAUGAUUUCUGAUUUAAAAUCAGUUAAUUCUACCCUUCAAAGCCUUUCUCAUUGCGAAGUUUUACAGUCAAUACUUUUGGCUUUUAAUUAAUUUGUUUGUUUAUAAUAUGGCGUGUUAUAUUUUUUCUCUUUGUAUGAUAUAGAGUGGAAGGAAGCAACAGUAACUUCUGCUCAUGUAUUAAAAUUAAUUCACCAGGGUAGAUUUCUCCAUGGAAGUGUAUCUAUUGGAGGUACUGUAACUGUUGUACUGCAUGUAUUGUAGCCUAGCAUACGGUGCCAUACCGAACCGAACCGGUGUAAUACCAUUGUCUGUAAUUUGCAAUAUCCGGAUACCACAUGCAGGAUACUAAAAUUUUGGCACCAAGAUGUGAAUUAGUAGGCCGUUGGAUGAGGGUCGAAAAUGUUCAAUUCCGUAGCACCCCUCGUGUAACUACAUAAUUUUUACAUGAAUCUAUAGAUUAUAACUUACUUAGUUAGAAUCCACUUCCCCCCAAGCGAAAUAGUUGCACAAAUUGAAGUACAAGCUCUUCAAAGUUCACGCUUCCUCGUGUUUCAGAAUCCAUGAACCGCCAUUGUUGUGUUGCAAAUACGCAUGCGCCUGAGCACAAAACACGUAAUGCGCACGCGCAGAUAAGAAAAACUGAUCUCAAUCUAGGACUGGACAAGAAAAAAUUAUGAAAUGUGCGAAAACAGGGCUGAAGUAAAACAAGAUGACAUCGGAAUAUUUUAAAAAUAUAUGAUAUUUUUAUGUUCUGUGCAUUUUAAUGGAGUUUACCAAACAUUCUGAGCAAUGUACCGUAUCGAGCCCUCGCCAGGAACACUUCCAAGCCAACAUUACAAUAAUAACUUAUUUAAAAUAUUAAUUAAAACAUGAUGUUAUUUUAUACUACAGCAAUUGCAUAACGUUUGCAAACAAAUUUGUUUUUCAGGCUUUAAAUAUUAUCACAAUCCUAAACGUUCAGGGCCGUACACAGCAGGGGAGGAUUAUAGGGGCAUAUAGGCCUUACUGCCCCAGCUGAUGAAAACAUUCUGCGUACGGUCCUGUAAACGUUCUAGAACUCAUACCGUAAUUUAUCAUUUUGUUGGGGGGGGAGAGGGAAGGAGGGAGGUAUUUCUAAUAUACACAAAGAAUCUGUUUGCACGUUUUAUUCUCUUUAAAUAUGCAACAUCGAGUACUGUGAUUUUCCGUAAAAUAUCAUAAUUAUCUUUCAAGUUUCAAAUACAAUUUCAAUCCACGAUUUUAUACAUUAAUUGCUUACAGGAGAGGGCCGGGGGUGGGGAAGAAGUGGUGCUAAACAAAGAAAUGACUAUAUACCAUAAACUAAGUAUUACUCGGUAUUCACAAUCUUAUUUAUUCUCUAAAUCUUUUCCCGUCAAUUAAUUUUAUUAGUCCGGGUAAUGGUUGUUUAUUGGCUUUGCGUCUAAUCCAUUAUUAAGCCAAAGAACGGAGGUUAACUCUUUGCCUCAAGGGCCAACGUACCAAUUCUGAGUUACGCUGACUGGAACCUCAUUACGACUCUGUUUUUGUACCAACCAAUCCUCAAACACUCGUAUUUCGUUGUUCAUGUACGCCUUUAGCGUAGCCAUGUUGGGGCUCGGGGGACCCGCCCCCCCCCUGGUAAAAUUUUGGUGCCCCCUGAGAAAAUUUAUUCUAUAAAAAGAAGUGAAACAUAGCCCACCUACGUUUUUGCUGCCCCCCUGACCAAAAAUCCUGCAUGGCUACGUUUCUGGACAUUUUGGAGAGAAGUGAUGUUUUGAUAAAGAGAAAACUACUCAGUCUGAGUCAGGUAAUCUGUUGGUCUUGUUCCGAUUUGCGUCUUAAUGCUGUUGGAUAACAUAUUUAAAUUUACUUGAGUGAGAAUGGACAGUGUGUUGUGGAAAUUUAAAGCUGUUAAUGCUAAAUAGAUAAGACAAAAACUCCCUUUCUCUUGGUAUGCGCGCGUCGUAUGCGCAAGUUAUUAUAAUUAGAUUGCAAACGUCACGCCAUUAAUGCUGUUGCAUAACAAUACCUCCUAAAAUCUACUAAGCUAUUUCCUUCUCCUUUGUUUUUUUUGAUAAACUGAUCACGAUGAUUGCACAAAUAUACUGAAUUGGCGAAAAGGCGUUCGUGAUAAAGGCGUGCAUGAUCAACAACGUAACACGAGUGUUUGAACACGAAAUUGGCUGGUACAAAAACCGAGUGCGUAAUGAAGUUCCAGUCAGCGUAGAGCCUGAACCUCCGUUCAUUCUUAUUAAUAAUGGAUUAAAUGCAAAAGAAAUAAUAAACAACGAACCUGGACUAAUAAAAUUGACAGGGAAAGAUUUAGAAAAUAAAUAAGAUUGUGAGCACCGAGUAACACUCAGUCAUAUUUAGGGAGUGGUCAUUAUUUAUGGGGAGGGGGGGUUGGGAAAUGGGAGGGGGGGAAACGAAGUUUUACCCUUAUAAAUAGGGGGGUCAAAAAAGUUUUAACACAGAGAAAGGGGGGGGGGUCAUAAAAGUUUUUGAACUUAAAUACCAUGUCUAGAGUUCUGAUUUCUAUAAUCACAAAUAGCAAAAAAGAAGACUCUGAAAAUGCUAUUUCCAACGAUCUAGAGACUCAAAAUUUUCAAAAUUACUGCUCAGCGCCAACCAUGGUAGCGCCUCGCGAUCGUGGGAGUUGGGCCCACUAAGUUUAACAAGCUUUCUACCCCCUGAGUGACCCAGUUGUGGUAUUUACAUAAACAUACCAUGCAAGUACACUUAACUGAUCAGAUUCGGUCUAUCAACGCACAAUGUAACGCUGUAUAUCCAAAAAUCUGUUUCAGAAAAUGCUCACAUUUCAGUUCUAGGGGUGGAAAAAUACAAAAAAUUUUCUGGGGGAGAAUACCCCCAGACCCCCUACUAGUACAUACGAUACCACACCAAACUUUUUGUCACCAACAACCAUCUGUCGUCUCUACACACUCAAUAUAGUAUGGUCCCUUUUUGUAGAUGCCCACCCCCUAGACAAGUUCUUAAAAUCUCAUUUCGCUGUAUGAAGACGGGUCAUGGGUUAGGGUUAUGGUAGGACAAAUGUUGCAUUGCAAAGUAGUAACACAUAAUAUAUAUUUUUUAAUCAUAUAUGGUUGAAUCAUAUUCACCAGGGGCCGGUUGUUCAAAGCUGGGUUAGCUUAACCCUAGGUUAACCUAAAAUUCAAAGCAAACUUCCUGACAGCUUGUCUAUAAAUUUGGAAAUAUUUCUUCAGAGAUCUUGUCUGGAUGGAUAGGAGUUUACUUGUCUGAAGUUUUGAAAUAAACAGACGUGCAGAAAUACACAAACUAAAACAACAGGUUAAACUUUUAACUCAGGGUUAGCGCUAACCCACCUUUGAACAACCGGCCCCAGGGUAAAACAUCAUGAGCUAGAUUGAACAGAUUGUCCCAAUAUUUAACUUUACCUGCAAUGCACACCUGUUUCAUUGCUGUUAAUUUUUCAAUCUACACUGGGUGGGGGGGGGGUCAGAAAAGUUUCUACUUUUAUGAGGGGGGAGGCACAAAAAGUUUGCCUUCAGUCUGGAGGGGGGGGGGACAAAAAAGUUUUCAAUCCUUAUUUUCCCCAUUUCCCAACUCCCCCCUCCCCAUAAAUAAUGACCACUCCCUUAUGGUAUAUCGUAAUUUCUCUGUUUAGCACCCCCCACCCCUACUCCCCACCCCUUUCUCCUGCAACCAAUUAAUUAAUGUAUAAAAUCGUGAAACAUGAAAGUAUUGUAUUUGAAAGAUAAUUAUGAUAUUUUACUGAUAAUCACAGUACCCGAUGUUGCAUAUAUAAAGAGAAUCAAACGUGCAAAACAGUUGUAUAUAUUAGAAUUAAACCCCCCUCCCCUAAUAAAUUGGAUAGAGAAAUUACGGUAUGCAUGUUCUAGAAUAUUUAGGAUUGUGAUAUUAUUUAAAGCCUGAAAAACGGAUUCGCUUGCAAACGUUAUGCAAUUGCUGUAGUAUAAAAUAACAUCAUAUUUUAAAUAAGUUAUUAUUAUAAUGUUGGCUUGUAAGUGUUCCUGGCGAGGGCUCGACACGGUACAUUGCUCAAAAUGUUUGUACACUCCAUUAAAAUGCACAGAACAUAAAAAUAUCAUAUAUUGUUAAAAUAUUCCGAUGUCAUCUUGUUUUACUUCAGCCCUGCUUUCGCACAUUUCAUAAUUUUUUUCUUGUCCAGUCCUAGUUGAGAUCAGUUUUUCAUAUCUGCGCGUGCGCAUUACGUGUUUUGUGCUCACGCGCAUGCGUAUUUGCAACACAACAAUGGCGGUUCAUGGAUUCCGAAACACGAGGAAGCGUGAACUUUGAAGAGCUUAUACUUCAAUUUGUGCAACUAUUUCGCUUGGGGGGAAGUGGAUUCUAACUAAGUAAGUUAUAAUCUAUAGAUUCAUGUAAAAAUUAUGUAGUUACACGAGGGGUGCUACGGAAUCUGUUUUCUGAGCAUAUUUUCGACCCUCAUCUCACGGCCUAUAUCGCCCAUCACUAAUAUUGUGAAUCACUUGUAUAGUUCUAUUUGAUAGAAGAAAAUUUCAAACAUUUAGAUAUCAUUUAACAUUGGUCUUACCGAAAACUCGCGGAAAUUAAUACCGUAGCUGGCUUGAAUUUCUGUUAACUACAGUAUAGUGCAUUGCUUAGUACUAGUAUAGCUACGAGAGACGUGGAAACUUUGUUAUAUAUACUUGGCUCUUGAAUAGUACCGAAACUUAUGGUAACUAGUAUCCAAAACUGCAUGGGAUACAUGAUUCUCUGUAGGAAUACAACUGGUAUCCCAGUUGGAUACUGUAAAAUAAUUUAAAUUCCGGACCCUGAAUACACCAUGUACAAGUUUAUAUUAAAGUACGAACACGAUUUCCCCGACAACUAGUAAUUGAAGUUGUACCUUUGGAAAGUGGUUGAUGUCUUGCCUCUUGGUGUGGUAAAAAUCAUUAUAAAAAUCCACUUAACAUUUUUUAUAUUGAAUUUUUCUCAACCACUUAUAUAAUGAUGUUUAAAGAGGAUAUUAACAAUAUUUUAAUGCAACGCUUACAGUACAACCCUUUUAAUGUUACUGUAUAUGUUAAUUGGCGAAUGCAGUUUACAGAUAAAUUAAUUAGAAUAUUGGAACUUGAAUAUUCUAUUAUUAUUCCCAUCCAUAAUUAUCAACAUUUUCACAUGUGCCCAAACCGUGUGCUCUAUAGGGGAAGGGGCUUAAUCAUAAAUGCAGGCUUUUUAAAAUGUUGAACUAUCUGGGAGGGGAGAAGCGGAUUGAAAAGACGUCUCUGUAUUUCUGGUUGAAAAAGGAAUACUUCUUUAUGUUUUUAUAGACUCUCUAAAAUUGUUGAUAAUUGUAGUUGAGCCAAACAGAAUAUCAUUAUUAGGAAAGAUACAACUGUAGUGUUAUAACUACUUUAGUUAGGCGCUAUUUAGCUAAAUCAUGAUGGAUUACGACUAGAUCAUUGGUCACUUACUCAGUUACUCUAAUUUUAACGCUGUACACGCUUGUAUAAUUUAUCGUAUACAGUGGUAAAACAACUACACAUUUUGUUCUUUUGUAGCUUUGAAUCUUCCGUUAGGUAAACGUAGCGUAAUGCAUUUAGUGGCGAGAGAAAAUUUACCUGAACCUCCUUCACAAGGUAAGGAAAUACCAUAUUAAUAGCAUGACGCGAUUUCCGAAAAAGGAACAGUUUAACCUGCAGUUUAACUCCAUAUUAAAGUACAUGGCAAAGCACAAAUAAUGCAUGGACCAGACACAAUCUUGUUUUGAUUUUUUAUUGAGCACUCGCGUAGCGAGGUUACUAAUUAAUCCGCUUGGCUAUUUACACCCGUAAAAAAGCAAGAGGAUUGAAAAGUACAUCAAUGAUCGCGAUUGCACGUGGUUAUUCUAUAUUUGGUUGUAUGUCUACAGAUUAUUCUCAUGCAGUAGUGAGCAAGCGAAGGCCUACAAACAUAUCGAAAAAUUUACGAGUAUAAUUAUACUCUGAUGCUCCCUGGCAUAUCGUCUUGGCUCGAUUUAGAUUUUAGAUCAAUUUUAUCGCUGGGCGACAUAUAGUUGCAUGACGGUUAAAAUAUGCCAAAGUUUUGUCCGAAUGUCUUACUUAACAUUGACAUUGUAUUUAACCGUUUUCAUGCAAACGACAAAAAAACAAUUAGUUCUAUUGGUACAAUUUUGCAAAUUAUUAAUUUUACCACAUAUUAUCAUCUGUAUCCACUUCCUGAACAAUGCUAUUUUGUUUAAUAAAAACAAUGUUGCAUUCGUUCUCACAUUUGGCAUACGACUUCUACUACAACAGCACGCUCGUGAUUUCGAAAAAGUUUAGGUACAUGCAUGCAUGCAUGCCCAUUUAAACGUAUUCCAAAUCCCAAUUUGUCUGAUCCACAUUUAGCAUUUAGUUUAAAAUAUUCAGAACUUUGUUCUUUCAGUCACAAGAAGUACAAAUAUUACUACAUUCAAGUAAUAUUGCUUUAUUUUAUUUACUUAUUUGUGUAUAUAUAUAUAUAUAUAUAUAUAUAUAUAUAUAUAUAUAUAUAUAUAUAUAUAUAUAUAUAUAUAUAUAUAUAUAUAUAUAUAUAUAUAUAUAUAUAUAUAUAUAUAUAUAUGUAUAUAUAUGUAUAUAUAUGUAUAUAUAUAUAUAUAUUGAUUAACUCUUAAUCUAUUUUCUGAAGAAUUCUACAUUUAAUAUGUCGUGCUUGCUUCCUAAUGUUAUAUACAUUUCUUUGUUGUACUUUUCACGCCCUGCGUCGAUCGGGAUAAACAAACAAGUCUUUGUUUGUUUAUCCCGAUCGACGCUGAUUGGUUCGCGUUUGGCCGCAUGGUUUCGUGCAGGCUCACCUUUUAACUCAGUGAGCCUGCUCGCAGGCUAAUAUUGUGCAUAAUCAUAAACCAAGUUUGGAAAUUGAAUAUUUUGUAAUAGACAACUUGCAUUUUAGACCAAUUUUUAAUCUAGGUAAAAAAAAGUAAAUUCCCGUAAAGAUCUUAUUAAAAUUAGUAAAAUUGCAAAAUUUGAUUACGAAAUGUUGUAAAAUACGGGAAAUAUAGCCUUGCGAAGUUUACAUAUAAAUAUAAGUGAUUUCGUUAGCAAGGCGAGGGGCUUCUGCAUGCAUGUAUUAUAUCUAGUUGAUUUUAUUAUUUAACCGGAACUUUUUUACCCACAGUAUAUAGAGUAGUUUCAAAGUGAACUAAAUUAUUCGAAUUUGUUGGUUUCAUGUAGGUCAAGCCAAGAGAGAUAAGACGGAAAGACGAAGCCGCUGUUGCAAUAUUUUGUAG